GCCUGCACGCACACACAAACGACAGACCAAGCACUCAGCCAGCCAGCCAGCCAACAGCGAAGCAAGCAGAUGGGCGCCUCAUCCAGCAAGGGCGGCGUGCCCGUCGUUUGGGGCGCCACCACCCACCGCGGCAAGAAGGAAGGAAAGCAGAAGAAGGAGUACACUGAGGAUCAGCUGAAGAAGCUGAACGUGUACCUGCAGCAGCAAAUCGUCCAGCUGCGCGCCCACAUGAAGCAGCUGCGCGAGUCUGAGACGGGCUGGCAGGAAGAGUUUGGCAUCAUCUCCAAGGUUGGCCUUGGCACGCGGGCGUCUGCAUCUGCGGCCUUGGAGAACACCACCAAGAACCGCUACAGGAACAUUGUCGCAUACGAUCAUUCGCGCGUCAAGAUCACCCCAGCAAAGCACAACUUUCACAACGACUAUGUGAAUGCCAACUUUGUCGACGGCUAUUACAAGAAGAACGCCUACAUUGCCUCGCAAGGCCCAGUGCCUGACGCCUUUCCAAACUUUUGGCAGAUGGUGUGGGAGCAAGACGUGAACAUGAUUGUGAUGGUUGCCAGUGAGGUGGAGGCAGGCCGUCUCAAGUGCCACCGCUACUGGCCAGAACUCAACCAGACCGCGACGUACGGCGUGUUUGAGGUGACGACAAUCAAGGAGCAGGCCACGCGCAACAACAUCCACCGCACAUUCCGUCUCAAGAAUCUCGAGACAGAGCAGCAUGACCGAGUGGAGCAUCUGCAAUUCAUUCUCUGGCCAGACCACGGUGUUCCAAAUACAUCCGGUGAAAUCCUCGCGUUCAGGGAGGACGUAUACCGGCUUCACGAUCCGAACACACCGCUCAUUGUGCAUUGCAGUGCUGGCGUUGGGCGCACGGGCACGUACAUUGCCAUCGACAGGCUUAUCUGUGCUGCUGAGAGUUUGGCGCCAACGCUGAGUGUGGUUGACAUCGUGAGCGAUUUGCGGCGCACACGAAACUUCAUGGUGCAGACAGUGAUCCAGUAUGGGUUCGUGUACUUGAGCCUUCACGAGGCGCUUGUGAAAGGACACAAGCAAGUCCAGCUGGGUCUGGCCAAGCUGGAUCAGCUCACGCGAGAACAAAUGCAGGGCGAACUCGAUGAAAUCACAGAGGACAUUGACGAAGUGCUUGAGGAGGUGCAGGCGUACGGCAACGAUCGCGUGACCCAGCAAGUGUCUGAGCUGCGUCAACGAACAGAGGGCGGAAGAGCGGACGAGUCCCGCGUGUCUGUCGUGAAACGCAUGGAGGCCUUUAUGAGCGCCGCCAAGGAGCCAACACCGAGGGCGCGGACGGCGCCUGCUGUUGACGCCGACUGGGAGGGGCUGCAGUCACGCAUCAAGACGCUUGCCGACCAGGCAGCGGAUGCCUUCCAGCAGCAGUACCGCUCAGCAGAGUCCGCGUGGCAGCAGGAAGGCGAGUACAGCGUAGGUACAGAGCUGACACCGAUUGAGUCGCGUGUUGCUGCAUUCACGUCGCAGGAAGAGGCGUGGAAGAUCAGAGGCCCAGAGUUUCGAAAACAGAUUGAGGACGACAGUUUGCGGGAGCUGGCAUCCCUACAGGCGCGCGUGGAGAACUUCAACGAUGCCUUGCGUGACGCCGAGCACAAAUUUCUCAAACGCCGCCAGUCAUCGCAGGCGCAGCUGCAGUCUGACUUCGACGAUAUGCAAACGACGAGCCUGGUGGAUCGCAUGAUGGCGUUGGCAACGCCAAAUGCAAAGGGCAGUUCGUUUGGACGUGUGCUGGCGAAGCCAAUUAGCUCGUCUCGCAUCCAGAAGGGGCAGGCGCGCAGCCGGCACUCAAGUACAAGCAGCAGCCCGCGGAUGCUGAGCCUUAACGGGUCGUGCUCCAGCCUCGUUGGAAGCGGCAGCGGCACACCGCGGUCGGGCCGGCGAUCAACAAGUGGCGGUGGUCUUGGCAGUCACGGCAGCUCGCACGAACAGCUUCCGCCGACAGACGAAAAGAGGGCGAUGGCAACGCCGCCGCGCGCACACGGGGAGGUUGUUGAAACAACAGAACCAGAGGCCUUUUUUGCACUGCGGGCAUCGGCACCAAAGCAGGAAGCAGUGCACCCCAUGGUUGCACAAAUGGCGCGAACUCGCUCCGACGACCACGUGAAGGCGAAGAACAAGAAGCAGCAGAAGAAGAAGCUGUCGAAGAAGUGGCGGUUCAGCAGGAAGGCAAGCAAAGGCUCCAAGCAGCUGGACCAGCCGCAGGAUGAGCAGGAGGAGGAGCAUGAGGCGGGAGAUGGACACGGCAAGGAGUGAUGUGUGUUGAGUGCUGGGAUGCACGGAUGCUUGUGGUUUAGCAAAAGGGAUGGAUGAUGCCCAGUCAUCCCAUGAACAUGUUUGGAGCAUUGGUGUUUGCACAAUCAGGCAGCAUCGUUGCUGCACUGAAAGGCCCUCUUCGAGGAGUGCAUGCAAGCAUCUUCCCUCACGUUAUUCCCUCCGGUGUUGUUCUUGAUUCUCGCUUGUUCUCCUUCUGCUUCGUGCCUUCAACCACUCAAACCCGCUACACCAGGCUUUCCCCUUCCCGUUGUCCCUCUUCUCCUCUCUCUGUUGUGUUCACUUUGUCGUGCUAGGAGUUUGUUUGUUUGUUGAGCUUGCUCUCACAGUCUGCUAGAGUGCUAGUUGGUCACAUCAAGACAUCACAUCACAUCACGUCACCCUGUCACCUGACACAGUUCUCUCCUCAAGUCCCCAAGUUCUCCUUUCCUUCUUCUUCUGCUUCGCCCUCUUCCUCUUUCCUCCCGCGUUACAAACAAGCAACUGCUUGCCGCUCACUCCCUGUUGCCCUUUGCUUUUUGAGCUCGACUGCUCGAGGGUGCAGCUUGGCACAUCCUCGCCUCUUGCUGCUCGUAGCGUUGCUCGUAGCCGUCUUACAAGCUUAAGCUUACAAGAGCCUUUCAA